AUGUCUAGUUUGAAAAUAGCGUGCUGUACAUGGAAUGUACAUGGAACGUCGCCUCCAAAGGAAGAUUUAAGAGAACUACUACACCUAUACGAUGAUAAACCGUUACCAGAUGUCGUUGCUGUUGGAUUACAAGAGGUUGAAGUUCGCCCACAUUCGUUUGUUGUUGAAAUGAUACAAGAAAAUCGUUGGGUACAAGUGUUGCAAGAUUAUCUUGGGUAUUAUGGGUUGGUUCGAGUCCGUAGCCUGCGUAUGCUGGGUAUGAUUAUCGUAGUGGCGGUCCAGGCCAGGCAUCUGCCGUAUUUACGAGAAAUCAAGACCGGUUUCGUCCGCACCGCGGUUAUGGGUUGGCUCGGCACUAAAGGGGCAGUGGCCGUGAGAUUUGUUAUACACGGACAGUCCUUCUGUUUUAUUAAUUGCCACUUUACUGCACAUCUUGAUGGGACAAGGCAAAGAAACUCAAAUUUUGAAAGUGUACUUAAGUAUAUGAAGUUCCCAGAUGUCAAAGCUGCCACAGUCAUGGAGCAUGAUUUUGUCGCCGUGUUGGGGGACCUCAAUUAUCGCAUCGAUGAGGUCUCGAUUGAAGAUGUGAAAACGAAGGUUGCAAGCGGUGAUCUCGUCUCAUUAAAGAAUCACGACCAGUUGCUGAAGAGUAUGUCAGUUGAAGAGGUUUACAAGGGCUUUUUCGAGCACGAAAUCAGUUUCCAACCGACCUACAAAUAUUGCCUCGGAUCAAAUGAUUGGGACGCAAGUGACCUCAAGAGAAAGCCAGCAUGGUGUGAUCGUAUAUUAUGGCACGAAGCAACCCAAGGUCGCACCAGCGUUACAAGUUAUACAUCCCACCCGCGACACACGACAAGCGAUCACCAUCCAGUUAGCGCAGAGUGCACUGCAAGCAUCGAUAGCUUGGAAACGAAUCAAGAUUCUAGAAUUGUGUGGAAGUUAGAAAUCGAAAGUAUGCCUUGGUAUGGCAACGAUGAUGGCUUGUGUGUGUACGUCGUUAAGGACUACAAGCCGUAUAGCUGGGAUUGGAUUGGGUUAUACCGGUUGGGCUGGCAGCAUUUCACUGAUUAUGAAAUGUACGAGUGGGCGGUCGGCGAUGGUGACGAGUAUGGGGAAAACGGUUGUGCUGUUCUCUUCGAUUGUCUUCCCGAAGAACCAGGGUUGUUUCAGCUAUGUUAUUUCAGCUACAAACAGGAUUGCUUCAUCGCGAUGAGCGAGCCAUUUGAAAUCUUAAAACCUCGUGACGAGGAUGUCGACCCUGUGCAAGUGAACAUCGAGAAACCAUCACUUACUGUAUAA